AUGAACAGUGGGCGAGGUGUCCUUCGGGUAAGUAUAAUAAUAUGAUGCUUUAUUUAUUUCUUCAGACGCUUAGUAAUUUCUUCUUUACUCGAAAACGGCGGCAUGCAGAAGCCUAUGCAAAAGAAUCGCCUAAUCUGAAGUGUUUGAGAACUUCCAAUCGUAUGUUUUUACUUUUUCCUGCAUGAAGUUUUAGGUUAUGAUGUUUCCAAAGUCAAUCCACUGCUUUCCUUACCUCGCGAAAUGUUGUGGGAGAUCUUCCGGAAUAUGGACAUAAAAGCCCUGGUUAGAAUGUCACUUGUUUCGAAGGAAACAAAGAUGGAGUUAGCAGAAUUCUUGUCUUCUACCCAACAGGUACCAUUUCUUGCCCACCAUUUUCCCGCUCUCAAUUACCAUGAAAAAUGCUGCUUUAUGUCCAAGUUGUGUAAGUGUCAGCUGGUAUAGCUUUUUAUUAAUUUUCUCGUUUUAGUCGAAAUAUUUCAUACUCGUUACUCUCGCGACCGGGUUGGUAUGACAGUUCGAUGGUUUAAGCUAGCUUUCGAAUACAGGUACCAAAUUCCCAUUGCCAUUGCCUUUAAUGCGGUAAGUUGCUUUUGCCUGAAGUUUUCAUGUUUUUAGCUUAUGAACACCUUCACCUCAACUCAUUAUGAGGAAAUAUUUGAUCAGAUCUAUGCUUGCUGGUUCCAAGAAGAUGUGAAAAGGUAUAUUAUGGUCAGACAACAUAAGCGGAAGAAUAAGAAUCUAGAAGAAUCUCUUUUUGAACGUUUUGUAAAUUUAUUUUACAACAGGCGAUCUGUCAGACUUGAGAGAGCGGUGAUCGUAUCGAUGUUCUUGAGGAAAACCACCGAUGUCAGAAAACAAUAUUACUUGGCUCAGCUCUUAUUUAGCCCGCGUAAUAUCGAAGACAUUAACGAAAGUAAGAAGCUUUUCACCUCUUCGUUUUAAUCUUUCUAAGGUAUAAUCGACUUUGAAGCCCUUGAGGAUGGAGACGGAGAAAGUCUACAGAGUCAGAAUGAACUUGAUGGGUUCCCAGAAUUGUUCCACAUGCUGAAUGAACUGAGAAAUAGGUCCACCAAGACGAAGCAUAGAUGGUCCAGAGGCCAAGUAUUCAUGCUCCUCGAAGAUGUUACAAGUAAGAGUUCGGAAAAUUAAUUUUCAUUCGUUGUAGCUCAGCCGCUGUGGUCGAUGGCCAACUUUGCUCGUUUGUUAUUGCACUGCCCUUUUCUGGCCGUUAAUACCACGGUAAUUCGAUGUCGUAAUGGACUCUACGAGGAUGCUGGUUUUGUGUUGUAUCAUCUGCUAUUGGUGAGUUCUUCUUUAUGAUGUUAUGAUUGCGUAAUUUAAGAUCUGUGCCAGCCAUACUUCCGCGUUGAACUUGCUUAUGGCUAUAAUGAAAGAAUUGGAUCGAAGUCAGGCAACGCAACUUCGAGAACAGGUUGCUGAGUACACAUUCGGACCAAAUCAAGUGGGGUCGGAUAAGAAGAACGAAGAUAUUACUGAAGUCAUUCAGGAAGCGUUGGAUAGGACAUUCCGCCCACUGCUUUCGAAACGAGAUUUCUAG